GGACUAGGAUAGUUGAUCACACUUAGUCUCUCAGAUAUAUAAUCCUCUUCUGUCCUCCUCUUCCCAUCCAUUUUCUUUCCAGUCUAUUCGGUUUGCCUUUGCACGGUGGGAACUAAUAAUAAUCUUUCCUUUACAUCCUACCAUCCACCAUCGCAAUGGCUCACGGAGACGUUGAGAAUGGCGCUUCGGCGGCCAGACCUGAGUACGAAGACGAAAAGCUCGGAGAAUAUGGUCAACUCGUACGAUAUAUUUCAAAAUACAAGGGAAGAGAAGAGGGUGAAAAGGCUGCUGCCGAGGAAGAGGAGAACGCCCCUAAGAAGAAGGGGGGUCUCUUCAGCAAGAAGAAGACUGGCAGUAGUGAUGGAGCUGGGUUCGAGACUCCAGAUGACUGGCUCAACACCGGUAUGCGCCAGGGUCUCUCUGCCCAAGAGGUAGAAAUCCGACGCAAGAAGACUGGAUGGAACGAAUUGACUACUGAGAACGAGAGCUUGUUCAUCAAGUUCAUUGGUUUCUUCAGAGGUCCUGUACUCUAUGGUUAGUAAAUCCUUAUUUCCACAGGGAUGAAUUGUUCUAACAUCGGCUACAGUUAUGGAAAUUGCUGUCCUCCUCGCCGCCGGUCUGCGGGAUUGGAUUGAUUUCGGUGUCAUUAUCGGUAUUCUUAUGCUUAACGCUGUUGUCGGUUGGUACCAGGAAAAACAAGCUGCUGACGUCGUCGCCAGUUUGAAGGGUAUGUCAUUACAUCAAUCCAUCCGAUAUAAUCUCAUUGCUGACUUCAAUCGCAGGUGAUAUUGCUUUGAAGGCUACUGUUGUUCGUGACGGCGCUGAAGUCGAGAUCUUGGCUCGUGAAUUGGUCCCUGGUGACAUCGUAAGUUACACCACAUGGACACAGCAUCAGUCCUCAAUCACAUUACUAACUCUUCUAUCAACAGAUCGUUAUUGAGGAUGGACACGUUGUUCCCGCCGACGCUAGAAUUAUCUGUGCCUAUGACGACCCUAACGGAUACGAAAAUUAUCAACAAGAACUUCUCAACCAACGCAGCCACGAAUUGAGCGAAAAGGAAGAAGAUGAUGAUGAUGAUGCUCACGGAGGCAAGCACGGUUCUGGUUACGCUCUCCUCGCCAUCGAUCAAUCUGCCAUGACUGGUGAAUCCUUGGCUGUUGACAAGUACGUCGCUGAUGUUAUCUACUACACAACUGGUUGCAAGCGUGGAAAGGCUUAUGCCGUUGUCACUCACGGUGCUCGCAUGUCCUUCGUUGGUCGUACUGCUUCUCUCGUCACUGGUGCCAAAGAUCAAGGUCAUUUCAAGGCUAUCAUGAACUCCAUCGGUACCUCUUUGUUGGUUUUGGUCGUCGGCUGGAUCUUGAUUGCCUGGAUUGGUGGUUUUUUCCAUCACUUGCAACUCGCUACCCCAGAACACUCUUCCGUCAACUUACUCCAUUACGCUCUUAUCCUCUUGAUUGUCGGUGUUCCAGUCGGUCUCCCAGUCGUUACCACCACCACUCUCGCUGUCGGUGCUGCUUACCUUGCUGAGGAGAAGGCCAUUGUCCAAAAGCUUACUGCUAUUGAGUCCCUUGCCGGUGUUGACGUUCUCUGCUCUGACAAGACUGGUACUCUCACUGCUAACCAAUUGUCUAUCCGUGAACCAUUCGUCGCUGAAGGUGUCGAUGUCAACUGGAUGAUGGCUGUCGCCGCUCUCGCUUCUUCCCACAAUGUCAAGUCUUUGGAUCCUAUCGACAAAGUUACCAUUCUCACCCUCAAGCGUUACCCAGCUGCCCGUAAGAUCCUUGAACAAGGCUGGAAAACCGAGAACUUCACUCCUUUCGACCCUGUCUCUAAGCGUAUUACUGCUAUCGUUACCAAGGAUGGUGUCACCUGGACUUGUGCCAAGGGUGCUCCCAGCGCUAUCUUGAGAAUGUCUGAAUGUUCCGUUGAGGUUGCCAGUAUGUACAAGGCCAAGGCCGGUGAAUUCGCUCGUCGUGGUUUCCGUUCUCUCGGUGUUGCUGUCAAGGAAGGUAAUGGACCAUGGCAAUUGCUCGGUAUGCUUCCUAUGUUCGACCCUCCCCGUGAGGAUACCGCUGCUACCAUCGCCGAAGCUCAAGUUCUUGGUCUCUCCGUUAAAAUGUUGACUGGUGACGCUAUCGCUAUCGCCAAGGAAACUUGCAAGAUGUUGGCUCUCGGUACCAAGGUUUACAACUCUGACAAACUUAUCCAUGGUGGUCUUACUGGUACUACUCAACACGAUUUGGUCGAGCGCGCCGAUGGUUUCGCUGAGGUUUUCCCUGAGCACAAGUACCAAGUCGUCGAGAUGUUGCAACAACGUGGACAUUUGACUGCUAUGACUGGUGAUGGUGUUAACGACGCUCCUUCUCUCAAGAAAUCCGACUGUGGUAUUGCUGUCGAAGGUUCAACUGAAGCUGCUCAAGCCGCUGCUGAUAUCGUCUUCCUCGCUCCUGGUCUUAACACUAUCGUCUCUGCCAUCAAGAUCGCUCGUCAAAUUUUCCAACGUAUGAAGGCUUAUAUCCAAUACCGUAUUGCUCUCUGUCUUCACUUGGAAAUCUACUUGGUUACUUCUAUGGUUAUCAUCAACGAGACUAUCCGUGUCGAGCUCAUCGUCUUCCUUGCCCUCUUCGCUGAUUUGGCCACCAUUGCCGUCGCUUAUGACAACGCUCACUUCGAACAACGCCCAGUCGAAUGGCAAUUGCCAAAGAUUUGGAUCAUUUCCGUCGUCCUCGGUAUAUUGCUUGCUCUCGGUACCUGGGUUAUGCGUGGUGCUCUCUUCUUGCCAAACGGUGGUUUCAUCGAGAACUUCGGAUCUAUUCAAGGUAUGCUCUUCUUGGAAGUGUCUCUCACCGAGAACUGGCUCAUCUUCGUCACCCGUGGUGGUAACACCUGGCCAUCGUGGCAAUUGGUUAUCGCCAUCUUCUUGGUCGAUGUCAUCGCUACCCUCUUCUGUGUCUUCGGUUGGUUGUGCGGUAAUGCUGGUGAGCAAUCUGACCCAGCUACCAAGAACAUGCUCCUUUCCGAGAACGGCCACACCUCUAUCGUCACUGUCGUCAUCGUUUGGGGUUUCUCUAUAGGUGUCACCAUCGUCACUGCCAUUGUUUACUACUUGAUGAACCAAUGGUCGUGGUUGGACAACCUUGGACGUGCCAGACGCAGCCACGCUGAUACUCAAUUGGAGAACAUCAUUGCCCACCUUUCCAAGGUCGCCAUUGAACACUCCCAAGUUGACGGUAUCCACCGUUACCACAUUGUGCAAAAGCAAGCUGAGGUUGAGGAUGAUGAUUAGAUAUCACGUUAAUGAAUUGGGUACCACUCUCUUGAAUAGACAAGACAGUUGGAAAAAGCAAGAAAAAUAUCAAAAAAGCCACAAAAAAUUUGACACUUUCAUCUGGAGAACUUGGAGAAGAAAGGCGUUCCUAAUAUCCCCUCGUCAUCAUUGAUCCGACACUGUCAAUGUGGUCACGAAACAUGUCAACAUAGCCUGCCCGUACGGAGCUGCGAACUUCAACGUUUCAACACCACCACCGCCUUUGUCGUCAUACACCUUUAAUUGUCGCCUACCUUAAUCCAUAACUCUUUUACACCUUAUAGACCUUUAUUACGAGAUGCGAGAUUUCUUUAUGUUUUAUGUUUUAUGUUUGAAUAGUACUCUAUAUCAUAGAUGGGUAAAUGGGUUGGGAUAUUCCAGGGAUGUGUUUAUGUCACAGAGAAGAAGAGGAUGAUAAGAUGUAUAUACUGAGAAAUGGAACGACUUCAUUACAUUAUCCUGAU